AUGAACAAAACGCCCGGAGAGUACGCCUGUUUCUUGGGCGCGGGGUCGUACAGGCAUUACAUUCCGUCAAUCGUGCGCCAGCUCACUAGCCGCAGCGAGUUCAUGACAGCGUACACGCCUUACCAGCCCGAAAUCUCGCAAGGCACACUCCAGACUGAGUUCGAGUUUCAGACACUCUGCGCCCAACUCACGGCAAUGGAUGUCGCCAACGCAGGCAUGUAUGACGGCUCCACAUCGCUCGCCGAAGCAGCGCUUAUGGCGUCACGUGUCACUCGACGCAGCCGCAUCGCGGUGUUGGAUUCAGUCUCACCUGCGUACAUCAGCGUACUCCGCACAUAUACCGAGGCGCAGGGCAUCGUCAUUGAUGUCCCAUCCGAUGCUGACGGCAAUACAGACCUUGAAGCACUGCGCUUUUCGGUCGGCGAUGAUCUCGCAGGCUUGAUGAUUACGCUGCCAAGUACGCUGGGGCUCUUCGAUUCAAACAUCCUUGAGGUAGUGCAGAUCGUGCGCGACGCGGGUGGCGUUGUUUAUGGCGAUGGCGCAAACCUCAACGCACUCCUUGGGCGCGUCAAGCUCGGCGACCUUGGCUUCGACGUGAUGCACUCCAACCUGCACAAGACUUUCACGCAGCCUCACGGCGGGGGCGGCCCCGGUGCUGGUCCCGUCAUUGUCGGUGAGCGCCUGAUGCCAUACAUGCCAACGCCCGUAGUGAGCCGCAGGGUCGAUGCAGAUGGUAAUGAGCAAUACACUCUGGACGCGCCGCCAAAGACCAUCGGCAGGAUGGGCGCGUUCAACGGCAAUUUCGGGGCGCUCGUGCGCGCGUAUGCUUACAUCACGACGCUUGGCGACGAAGGCAUAGCCAACAUCAGCCGAGACGCCGUCAUCAACGCUAACUACAUCCUGAGUCAGCUCAAGGGGCACUACGACCUCCCAUACAACCGCACCUGCAUGCACGAAGUAGUAUUCUCGGCGCGAAACCUGAAGCGCGAACAUGGCGUCAGCGCGCUGGACGUCGCAAAGCGACUGAUCGACUACGGCAUCCAUCCUCCCACUAUGUACUUCCCGCUCAUAGUCGAAGAAGCGUUGAUGAUCGAGCCGACCGAGACCGAGAGCAAAGAGACGCUCGACUUCUUCAUCGAGGUGAUGCAGGCGAUAGCGCAGGAGGCUCAGGACGACCCCGACUUGCUGCACAACGCGCCUCACGACUCGCCCAACACGCGCCUUGACGAGGCUCGCGCGGCACGGCGUCCAUACCUGCGAUGGCGGCCCGCCGAAUAG